AUCAUUCGAAUUUUAUGAUUAUUUUCCUAUCAUAUUUAAAUAAUUUUUUUUUUUCUAAAUUUGAAAUUUUAUUCUUUCUAAUCUUUUAACUUAAAAAAUUUUUCAUACAAGUUAAUAUGAAAUAAAUCUUAAUGGGUUUAAUUCAUAAUAUUGGUUAUAAAAAGAAAAAAAAAUGCAAUAUUGGUUAACGUUAACGUUAAUUCAUGAGUAUUUAGAUUCGUUGGAAAGGUGUUUUUUUUUUAUAAAUGUAUAUAAUUACUUUACUGAAAGUAAAUAUUUGAUUAAAACAAAUUUCUAUAUUUAUAUGACAAGAGUGAAAAUAAUCAAUUAUUUACCAAAUUAAGUAUCAUCCAAAAAGUGAGAGAGAAGAAGAAGAAGAAAAAAAAGAAAAAAAAAAAAAAA